UGUGGCUCCAGACAGAGCAUUUUAAAUUCACUUCUUAGAAAGCCAACACUAAAGAGUCACUCUGAUCAACGCAGCAUCAAUAUUUUCUCUGCUACACCUAAAACUGAGCACCUUCCUGUUGCAGCUUCCAGUAAAGUCAGAGCCGUGUGUCUCCCUAAAGCUGGUCUAAACAUCACUGACCCCGAGAAGAGCUGGGUGACAUACUUCGGCUCCACAACAAAGGUGAGACAGAGGUUCUAAUAAUCAAAGCUAUCCACUAGAUGGCGCUAAAGUUCAGGACAUAAAACCACUGUAGGAAAGCCUCUUUGAGGAGCGAUACGCUCAGAGAGGAAAGGCAGUGAUGAGUAGCUCACCUGUUUGGUUUCUCUUUCAGAUUCUGGUUCUCUGUACCUGAUGGAGGCUGCGGUGUCACUCAUCCCCUCUGCAGAGUGCAACAGCUCCAAGGCGUCCAGCGGCAGGAUAUCGCAGGAUAUGCUCUGUGCCGCAGAGUCAGAACCCGGAGCCGGCAUGUGCCAUCCUGACAGUGGCGGUCACCUGGUUUCCCAGACGGAUGGACUGUGGUGGCUCUCAGGUGAUGGUGUAUGGGGCGAACACUGCAAUGGACAGAAUAAACCAGGUGUCUACACCAACAUCAAACACCAUCUGAACUGGAUCCAUCAACAGAUGCAGAGGCAUCAAGAUGUCUGACGACAGGACCAAAGGCGAUCAGCAAGACAAGUUAUCUGCAUUGUAACAUUGUCUUCAUGUUUGUCUAUAAUACUUUAUAAUGCAGAUUGUUGUUUGUUUUUUUUACUUCCUUAAAGAAAAUGUUUUCAUAGCCUAAAAGAAAAAACAGAUCAGUCACAAUAUUAACACAUCUCUGCUUACCCCCAUAUCUAGAAAGUCCCAAAUGUCUUUUAACAGCGAAAGGAUUUCUAAAAAGAGAUAUAUAGAAUAUAAAACGAUGAUGUAUUUUAUGAAAGUAUUAAGCUAUUGUCUCUCUGUCUUUAUUUAAAUCAAGGGGUAAAAACUACCUGUUUGAUUAAUAAUAACUAUAAUAUUGGGCAAUAUAUUUUAUGUAUAUUUGAAUAUUACUGAUGAUUUUGAUGAUGACCAUUGAGAAAAUAUGUUUAUUGCUUGUUUCAUAAUAAGUUAGUGUAUUAUGUUUUUAUCAUGUAAAGAACUUUGAACUGCCCCGAUGCUGAAAAGUACUACACAAAUAAACAAAUAAUUAUUAUUAUCAUAAUAAUAAUAUGAUUUAUUAUUAUUAUUUAAAUGAUUAAAUACAGGUCAAAUUAAAAAUAAAUAAAAAAAUAUUUCAUUAUUUGAGCCAUUUGAAAUUGGAUGUUUUAUCUAAUUCAUAUUAUCAGACUGGUUCUAUUUAAAUAUUUUUUAAUUCUAAAGGACAAGCAAUAAUCAGGCCACGGUGUGGCUAGCGAACGAAUCCAGCCGUCCAUAAAGAUAUUGUCAAUCGCAGUUUUACUCAUAACUUAAUAAUUUGGGAUGAUUAGUUUUUUGACAAAGGGUCCCAUUGGUUUAUAUAAUCUUUUCCCCUGUAAAUAUUAAGUCAUUUGAAAACUGCAUUUUAUUUUCACUCAGGUUGCCUGACGUUAAAAUUAGCUUGAUGAUGUUGAACAUUUAUUUAUUUGAGACAAAAUAAAAACAUAACUAAUCUGUAAGCUGAGCUCAACUAUCUAAUGACUGCCUUUACAGCUCACAGUCUUUGAUGCCCCAAGUUGUCUUUUAAUUAUUUGCUUAAUAUGAAACUGAGCCCAAUUCCUCUGCCAUCUCAGCCACUGCAAGCAUUCAGCUUGCCAAUGUAAGCAAAUCUUCAUCAGUGCAGACAGAGCAUCUGCAUAGAGCCGCAUAGAAUUAAGUAUUGUUAAUAAUGUACUUGUGUAGCACAUUUAAAAAUAGCAAAACAAAAUCAGGUAAAUUCAUAUGCUAUUAAGGCCCAAAUAAGCUGGACAAUGGUGGGAUUGAGAUAUAAGAAGGGAAAAAAACCCAAAAAACAACACAAGAGAUAAAUUUUUUCUCUUUGGCUCCCAAAAUAUUUUUUAAUUUAAAAUGAUUGAUUUGUCUUAAAUGAUUUUAUGUACAACACAGUUACAACGUUUGGCACUAAAAGCAUACACAGUUAAAUAAAUGAACAGUUCAUGUGUAUGUCGAAAUAAAGUUUUACAUGUUCAGGGUUCAGACAUUGGGCAACAUUAGUAAGACAGUAAGAGUGUGCAGCUCAGGACAACUCACUGAAGUUUAAAUCUACAUUAUUCCACACUGCUUUUUUUUCCCUCCCCAGCUUUACUGGUGAGACGUCUUGUGUAGCAUUAAUCUGGCUGAUGUGCAAAAGACUUUUUAUUUGGAAGCCAUCAAGUCAGUUAGAUUUACAAGACUGCUAA